AUGUCUGCUGAUCUAGUCCGUCAACUUGCCAAGGGCAACGAACAAUACAAGAAGAACUUCAAGGGCACGUUCUCCUUCAAGGAGUUUCCAGAGCAGAAAGGGAUCAUCAUCCUCUCCUGCCUCGAUCCUCGCGCUGAUCCAAAGGAUCUCUGGAACCUCACCGCCAAUGUGGCGAUCAUCCGUAACGCCGGCGGUCGCGCGAAGGACGCACUCCGCUCUAUGGAGGCCCUAGCUUCUCUCUUGUCUGGAGGGUUAGGAGCCAUCGCCGUCAUUCAUCACGCGGAUUGCGGUUUGGGACCCAACAACUUCCACGACAAUCAUGUAGUGCAACGCAGACUCAAGGAUAGGCUGGGUGCUGGGUCGGAUGUAGCUGCUCAAAUUGAUGAGACGGACUUUGGUGGCUUUGCUGAGACACAAUGGUCGUGCUGA